AUGGGGUCCAACCGAAUCACCGCGAUCGCGCGGGAACAGAUUGAGCAGCAAAAGGCUCAGCAGACUCAGACGCGGAUUCUACCCAUAGAUGCCACAAAGUUGGGUCACUUCUCGGAUAAACCUAUGGAUACGGGAAUGCCUCUGGAAGACUGGGACCUGAAACUAGACACUUCGAUGCAAGACGGAAAGGACCUUGAACUAGCAGCUUCAAAUCUCAAGCACUCGGAUGUGCCAGUUGCGUUUCCGACAGAGACGGUGUAUGGACUUGGCGCCGAUGCAACUCGCAGUGCAGCAGUUGAGGGAAUCUAUCGUGCUAAACAGAGACCUUCCGACAAUCCUCUGAUUGUGCAUAUUGCUUCGUUGAAGCAGUUGAGACGAUUGCUGUCUAGUUCUGAGUCAACGCCUGAAGUCGACCCUAUUCCACAGAUAUACCACCCAUUAAUCAAACGCUUCUGGCCAGGCCCCAUCACAAUCAUCCUACCAGUACCAGAAGAUUCAAAGCUGGCACCAGAAGUCACUGCAGGUUUGCGCACUUUUGGCGCAAGGAUGCCACGGAACUUGCUCGCGCUGGCCUUGAUAAAGACUGCAGAUGUACCCGUGGCGGCACCUUCAGCAAAUGCUUCGACAAAACCAUCACCCACGGCAGCUGAACAUGUGCGUUAUGAUCUGGACGGCCGUAUUGAGAUGAUUGUGGACGGCGGUCCAUGCGAUGUCGGCGUCGAGAGCACAGUGGUAGACGGUCUAAAUUCGCCUCCUGCUAUACUCCGACCAGGUGGCAUAGGAAUCGAUCUGAUCAAAACAGUGCCAGGCUGGGAGAAUACGGUGGUGGGUUAUCAUGACGUUUCUCUAAAAGGAGACGCCGCACCUAGGGCCCCGGGAAUGAAAUACCGACAUUAUGCUCCGAAAGCACCUGUCAUGUUGGUGGAAGCCAUCGGAGGAAAGCAACCCUCCGCCUCGGACCUCUCACGCCAGCUCGGUACGAAUAGCAGCGUGGGAUUAGUUCGAACAAAAACCUGGAAGAGAAUGCCGGUAGGCGAGGUUNNGUCGAGUGCCGAGGACCAAGAACCAGGAUCUAUGGAGUUGACUCCGAGCAGCGCUGAUAUGCCCGCCUCCCCUCUGGAAGCCAUGUUACGGGAAAGCGCUUAUCACCAGAAGCAGCUGCACGCAGAAGAAGUUAUUCUUAAAGAGGGUGAUAAGCGCUUUAUCGUAUGGGAUAUGUGCAUAGGACCAGACACCGCCAGUGUGGCACGCGGUCUGUUCUCGGCAUUAAGGGAAUUGGAUCGCAAGGAUGUGGAUGCCAUCAUUGUGGAAGGCAUCGACGACGAAGAAGGUGAUAUUGCGGCAGCAGUCAUGAACCGGCUGCGCAAGGCUGCCGAGGUCAAGCUCGAACAGCUCUAG